GUUCGAUUGUUGAUUUUCGAUGCAAUUAUCGAAUGCGUUUACAAAAAUGUUCAUUGAGAUGAAAGCAAAUUUUAGAUUUAUUUUAUUAUUUCUGGCGAUUUUUAAUGGGAUCGUCUCUUCUGAAGAAUACAGAAGAUUAUUCACAACGGAUAAAGUGUAUUUCGGAUACAAGAACCGAAAUGUAAUCAAAGGAUUGGCGAAAUCGACAGAUAUCGGAGAAUUUUCUUAUCCGAGAAUGAAGGAUGUAAACCGAUUCUCGAAUAUGAAGCCGAGAAACAGAGACGAAUCGAAUUUGGAUGGAAUGACACCAAAAGUAAAGGAUAAACGAGAUAAGAAAUUAAUGCGUGCCAAUGAAGAUAAGAGAAUCCGUAAGACAAUCGAUGGUUUUUACAAAUUUAUAGAAGGAAAUAAAAAUAGAGAAAUUUAUAAUAAUGAAAUUAUCAAAAAUAAAAAGCCCAAAAGAAACAAGAAUCUUAAACCAAAGAUAAAAAGUUCGUCGCUAUCGUCAUUCAAACAUAAUCGAUGGCUGCAACAACUCGGACACAAGACGAACGAUAAAUUCAAACGUAGAAAGGCUAAUUGGAAAAAAUCAAAGGCCAAGCACAAUAGAUUCGAGCAUCCUCCGCUUUCUUCAUCGAACAGGGAAAAUAUCGACAAUGACAUCAACGAUCUUACAAAUCCUGGAAUUGGAUCGAAUGUCGAUACAGAAAAUGAUAAUUACGGCAUUUAUAUUUUUGCAGUCGCUUUCGUUUCUCCAUUCCUCGUGUUCACUAUCUUGGCCAUUCUCCUGUGUUUCAUUUAUUUCAUUGUAUAUCUGUGUAAAAGGAGGAGAUAUUCAAUAACACAUUCAGAAAUGGAAUCUCACGAACGAAGAUCGACAAAAUCGUUUUCAUACGAAAAAAAGGACGAUGAAGAACCUUUACUCAAACAAGAUACUUCUUUACAUCAAUCUCCUGAAAGUGACAUCAAAUCAUUGAUUUCCGAUAAGAUUUCAAUACGCAGUCAAUCUGACAGAAGUAAAUAUUCUGUCAAGGAUCUUGACGACGAAUCAGAAUUUCAUAAAUCUUCGACACAUUCGAGCAUUUCUAACAGAUAUGCUCCUAAUAAAGAUUCGAGCGGUGGUGAUGAUGAAGAGGAGAAAGAGAAUGUUUCUCUUUUGACAUCUUCGAAUGAAACAGAAACAGAAACCAAAAUAGAAAUGAUUGAGUUGGAGAAUGAAAACGAAUCCGGACAGGACUCACCCGAACACGUGUUUAAAGACAAGGAAAAUAAUAGUAAUGGAAGAGAAGAGAAUUUAAAAAUGAAGAGUUUCAAGAAGAAGAAAACCAAAUGUUUACCUUGCCUUGCCAAUGCGCUUAAUUUAGAUAUUGAAGUGGAAGACAUUGCUGAAUUAGUGGAUUAUGCUGAUGGAGAGCUAACAAAUGAAGAUUUAAUAGAGUUAGAAGCCAUGCAGUAUUUGGAAGAGGAAGAAGAUGAAAGAACUGAAGAAGUGAAAAAGAAAUUCACGGCACAUGGGUUAGCUGGCGUGUUCUCCAAAAUUAAUGCGGCUAUGUUGGAACUUGAGGCUAUGGAUCCAAAUACUGAAUGUUUUAACAUAAAAUUGAAUGUGGGAUGA